AAUAACAAACUCGAAUAAAAAAUUUUAGUUUAAAAUUUUAUUGAAAAAUUAUAGUCCAAGUUCGAAUAAUUUAAACAGGCAUUUGAAAUAAUUUUGUUGAUAAUGUUUCAAUAUAAAGAAUUUUUUGCAAAAUCAAACAAGAUUUCUCAAAAAAGAGAAGGGACGAGUAAUUUAGCUGAUAAGAUGAUGUCUAAAGAAAUGGAUAGAAGAUCUAUGAUGGCAUCAGAACUGUUUGAAAGAGCAAACUUAGAUAGCAUAAGAAGUAGAGAAGGACUAGCCUCACUUGCAAAUCCAAGAAAUCAAAUCACAUCAAAAUAUGUACCCAGCAGAUCUGUCAAAGAGCUACAAACCCUAACCACAAGAGCUCUUAAGCAAUCCGAUAAAAUAUUAAACAAUAAUUCAAAAAGAAACAUGAAAUACACAAUACCAACAGGAAUGAACAAGAAAGAAUAUAAUGAUACAAACAAAAAUCCACUGGAGGGCAGAAAAGUUACUGCUACAAAUAAAGUUGAGUUUAGAGGGAAUUCUAGAACCAAGCAAUCUGCAUCCACUGAAAAUAUAUCUGAAGCAAAAUGUAGCACAACACAUAGAUGUGCAUCUCAAUCAGCUACGGAGACAGUUGAUGUGAAGUUCUGUACAAUACCAAACAAAGCUUUCCAAGAUUACAUGAAGAAACAUUCCAGAAGAGAUAAAGUAAAUGACCAUAAAAUUUACAGAACUAUUAUGCUCAGCAAUGAAACCCCAAUCGAUUCUUUAUCUAAUCUUUCAAAAGUGCAAGAAACAUUUGAAAAAUCUAUUAAAAAUGCAGCACUAAAAUCAAUAUCCAGUAUACCUCCAAAGCAGAUCAAUGAGCAGCAAAGAAAAUAUAGGUCUAUGAGCUAUAAGAUUCCACACUUCGAAACCAAUCAAGAGAAUAACAGCCUGAUUAAAUAAUAACAAUAAAGUUGACUUUGCACUUAUCCAAAAAAACUACUUUCGAUUAUCUGUAUGUGUAAUGGAUAUAAUAAUUAAAAAAAAACUUGCCAUAUUUAAAUUAAUGUGUAGUGUUAUUUUUUUAAAGGUAAAUUAAA